ACUCCGUUUGAUGCCGGCUCCUCAUCUUCUGUUGAGAUACUCCAGACAAAUUUCAACCGAAAUUUCGUUCCGAUACUACUAGGCCGGGGAUCUACCUGGGGAGGAGCAAUAUUCUUUGGAUCAGAAGUUGCGUUCAGCAUGGACAGAUUUGUUCCCCAGUUUGAUCAGAACUUAGGACCACCAACAGGAAACGAACAGGGCUCCGGUUCUGAAGUAGUAAGCCCACUGGGUGGAGAUUUACCCCUCAGGCCCAAUGGGAAGCUCAUUUGCAGUUUGGCAGACACGACAUUUUCUGGGAACAGUGCAGAAAACGGAGGUGGCGUUGCAUGCUCACGCGUUAAUAUCCUAUCUCUCGAUUCUGUCAUAUUCACCCAGAAUAAGGGCGCAAGUGGUGGUGGACUGUACAUAGACUCGGAUGGGGACCCAGAACCGCAGAGAUUUCUCUUCCCUGUCCAUUACGUCUAUGGAAGUAACGUUGCGUUCAGCGGCAAUUCCGCCUUUCGCAGUGGAGGAGCCAUUUUUCUGCGCGUGAGCGCAACGGCUGCAAGCUUAAGCAGACUCGGAAUUUCGCCAAUCGGUGUGUCAAUCACCAAUGCAAAUGGCACGAACAACAACGAGGACGACGUGUUCCUUGAGGACAGCACAUUUAGCUCGAACGGAGAUGCGGCCACUGGCGGGGCUUGGCAUGUGGAGAGGGGGAGAGCAGGGUGCAGAAACUGUGACUUUGAGGGCAACAAUGCUACUAAAGGGGGUGGCGCCGUCUCCUUGACUGUAAAGUCCACAUUUCAUGGGCGAAAUGUGACGUUCAGCAACAAUAGUGCCAAUAGUGGCGGCGCUUUGAUGGCUGACGACGCAGUAGUGGACCUCGUGGAUGCACGAUUUCUGAGUAACACAGCCAAGGACCUUGGCGGCGCAGUGCAUGCUACCUCACCGCAGGAUACGCUCGUAGCUUUUGGGUUAUUGGCACGCAUACAGUCAUCUUUGUUUGCUGGAAACAGCGCCAGAGUUGGAGGUGGACUGUAUUUCUUCAUUGACAUCGAUCUGGAAGGCGAAGGUCAGACAGAAGACAAUUUCAUGGUCAUUGCGAGCAGCAAUUUUACAGACAACAAGGCGAAUGACACCGGAGGUGCCUUGUUCACCAAUGCACCUGAUUCUUUAGAUGUUCUUUGCAACUCUGACUUUGUUACAGAAAUAUCGGAAGGAAAUCCAGACCGAGGACUGAGACCUACCGUGGUCAGGGCAAACCGACAGCCAUCAAGAAGUGUCAACAAUCGUACUUCCCUGUGCAAAGAGACGUGGCUGGGUAACGAAGCAGCGAGAGCGGAUGGCAGAGACUUGGUGGCCACUGCAGCAAUAUUUGUGGAAGCAUGCAGAGAGGCUUCUGAAUCCUGUCCGUCUGGUGAUGAAGGACUUCACAUUGCCAACCACACCAGUGGCCUUGAAUUGGAGCCCAUCACUGUGGAGUUGAUCGAAGCAUCGGGGAGCCCGGCGUUUGGCCAGCCACCCAUGCUUCUGCGGAUCUCAAGUGAUGGAGGGGAUGCCGUUCUAAGGGGCAACACGCUCAGGGAUGUUGAGCCAACGAUGAAUAUAACAAACAUUCGACUGCAGGCCAGAGUGAACAAAACACACAGGCUUACCCUGUCAUUCGAGCCCGGGCUCUUGCCCAACGUCAGCGUCAGUGUGGAUGUACGGCGCUGCCUUGCAGGAGAGAUCCCCAUCGAUGGUGGUGAGAGAUGCGGGGAGUGUCCUGAUGGGCAGUACAGUUUUGAUCCAUCGGAAGAUUGCAUGCUGUGUCCAGACAGGGCAGUGUGUAGUCCAUCCACCAUCACCCCCGAGGAAAGCUAUUGGCACUCGACUUCAAAGUCGACCCAAGUGCAUCCUUGCAUUGUCCAGAAAGCUUGCAGAGACGAAAAGCGGCAGAGCGUUCUUCAAGAACGAGCAAGAGAGGUCCACUCCAAUGGAGCCCUGUUGGACUACGAAGACAAUGGACUAUAUCCGCUGUGCUUUCAGGGACAUGCAGGAAUACUAUGUGGUGCGUGCGACAAAGACCACGGAAAAGUCAGAUCUGGAGAAUGCAUUGAAUGCACCUCCGAGACAUGGAGCAUAUCAGCGACCAUUGGAAUAGCCAUUUGGAAACUUUUGGAGUCAGCAGUGGUCAUCGCCAGCGCUCGACCCAAAGAAAAUGACGGCAGUCAUAAGGGAGCUCCAAGGACAAGGUCCAAAUCAGGUGCCCAAGUGGAGUCGGCGCACAUGGAUGAUUCUGAGGAAAGAAUCGGGAGCACGAGGAGCCAUGUACCUGAUAUAAUGAAGGUGAUUCUCAAUUUUCUGCAAGUGACAGGAGUUGCCGUUUUCAUCAGCGCUGAUUGGAGCGCCUUCGUGCUGUGGAUGUUGGUGGCUUCAGAUACACUGGCUUCGGGAAGCGAGGGAUUCUUCUCUUUGGAGUGCGCGCUGCCGCUCGGUGGAUCCGUGAACAGAUCCGUUUCCAGCACAAUUCUCAAGCUUCUAUUCCCCUUCGCCGCCAUUCUCUUCUUCAUGUCGCUGUUCUCCAUCAAGGCGUGGUGGAAAACUCAAAGCAGGGAACACGUGCGGCGGAACUGGAGUGUCUCAGCUAUGGCGGUGCUCUACGUGUCAUACAUACAGAUGGCUCGAAAUGUGGUGAAGAUUUUGGAUUGCACAGAUGCGGACAGAGGCGAAAUAGGUGCCCCAGAGCACGCGGUCGCGCUUGCAAAAUACUGGACAGAAGACACUGACGUGGAAUGCUUCGAGGGCAGUCACCUGGGAAUCUUCCUGGGUUUGGCAGUACCACUUCUGUUCUUCGUCAUAGCUGGAAUGCCCCUGUUCCUUUUUCUGCUUGCAAAAUGGAGACAGGGAGGAGGCAGCGGCGAGGGCAAGCUCCUGGAGUCAUACGAUUUCCUCACGAAGUCAUACAAGGAAAAGUUCCAAUACUGGGAGGUAUUCGUGCUGCUUCGAAAGGCGAGCCUGGCGGUCAUCACAGUGUUCAGCUACUCGCUUGGACCCAAUUUGCAGGUGACUCUGGCACUCGUUGUCAUGUUCAUCUCCAUCUCUGGGCAACUACUCGUCAUGCCGUUUGUGACCGACAAGUUGAACUGGAUGGAGACGGCAUCCCUCGUAGGUUCAUCAGUUGCAUUCUUCGCUGGACUCGUAUUCAAUGACCCCAACACCUCAGAUGGAGGAGCAAUUGCUGUUUCCGUCUGUUUGAUACUUUCUUUUGUGGGCGUUCUCGCAUAUUUACUGUCUGAGCUGAUAAGGGAGCUGUGGAAGCUGCUGGUGAAAGCAGUUGAUCGGAUUGUGGAGAAGGACCGCAUCGCAGUCAGUAGCAGUGAUAGCACGAUGAAGAAGCUCACUUUGGUUGUCUCGUUCAAGCUGCAGGCUGCCUUUAAGCAGAUAUCUGGAUUGCCAGCAUGA